CGAUAAGCCAUUCUCACCAGGCAGCCCACGACAUCUACGAAGUCGCCAGAAUGAGGGUCGUCGAGGUUAUUAUAGAUGGCUUCAAGUCCUACGCUGUACGCACAGUCAUUUCAGGAUGGGACGAGAGCUUCAACUCUAUCACUGGUCUGAACGGAAGUGGAAAGUCGAAUAUCCUCGAUUCAAUAUGUUUUGUCCUGGGUAUCACCAACAUGACAACAGUCCGAGCCCAAAACUUACAGGAUCUUAUAUAUAAGCGCGGGCAAGCGGGUGUUACCAAGGCAAGUGUGACGAUAGUAUUUGACAACAAAGACAAGAAGAAGUCGCCCAUCGGCUUUGAAGAAUAUGCGCAGAUCAGCGUUACUCGCCAGAUUGUCCUCGGAGGAACCAGCAAAUACCUCAUCAAUGGCCACCGAGCACAGCAGCAGACGGUGCAGAACCUUUUCCAAUCGGUCCAACUCAACAUCAAUAACCCCAACUUCCUCAUUAUGCAGGGACGAAUCACGAAGGUCCUUAACAUGAAGGCGGUGGAGAUUCUGGCUAUGAUCGAAGAAGCGGCCGGCACAAGGAUGUUUGAGGAUAGGAGGGACAAGGCCUUCAAAACUAUGGCGAAGAAGGAGAUGAAAGUCCAGGAAAUUACGGAAUUGCUCAAAGAUGAAAUCGAACCGAAGCUGGAGAAACUUCGGACGGAGAAGCGGGCAUUCUUGGACUUCCAGCAAACUCAAAACGACCUAGAGAGACUGACGAGAGUUGUUGUAGCACAUGACUACAUCAAGAACCAGGAGAAACUGAAGUUGUCCGCAUCUGACCUCGAAGCAAAGAAGCAACGUAUGGCCGAGCUGGAAAAGGGGGCAGAGAGGAUGAAGACCGAAAUCACAAAUCUUGAGGAAGACAUCAAAAGAGUAAAGGGUCAGCGCGACAAGGAACUCCGCAAGGGUGGAAAGGCACAAGCACUUGAAAAGGAAGUCAAAGACCACACCCAUGAUAUUGUGCGCUUGUCAACCGUGAUCGAGCUGAAGCGAACGAGCAUGGGAGAAGAGAAAGAGCGGAAACUGUCGGUGCAGAAGACUGUAUCUGAGUUGGAGAAACAGCUGCAAGAGAAGACGAAAAUUUAUGACAAAUUACAACUCCAAUUUGUGGAAGCAAAGGAUGCACUGGAGAAGCAAUCUAUAGAAGUGGAAACGAAGGAGGAGCUCUUGCAAACUUUGCAGACUGGUGUUGCCUCGAAAGAAGGCCAGGAGAGUGGAUACCAAGGCCAAAUCCAAGACGCCAGGAAUAGAGCCAGUGCUGCUUCGACAGAGCAAGAACAAGCAAAGCUCAAGAUAACCCACCUGGAGAAGCGGAUCAAAGAAGAAGAACCGCGGGCGAAAAAGGCCAAGGAACAGAAUGCGGGUUUGCUCAACGAUCUCGAGGGACUGAAGAGUCAAGCCCAAAAGUUAGAGUCAAACCUGAACAAACUUGGGUUCGAAGCCGGAAAGGAAGACGAGAUGUACAAAGAGGAAUCUUCGCUGCAGCAAACAAUUCGCACUCUUCGUCAGCAGUCGGAUACAGUGAGGCGGAAGGUAGCAAAUAUCGACUUCAACUAUUCAGACCCUGCGCCCAACUUCGACCGCUCCAAGGUAAAGGGAUUGGUUGCCCAACUGUUCACUCUGGAUAAGGACAAGUCUGAAGCAGGAACUGCGCUUGAAAUUUGUGCUGGUGGCCGCCUAUACAAUGUUGUAGUGGACACCGAAGUUACGGGAACACAGUUGUUACAGAAGGGCAAGCUCAAGAAGCGUGUUACGAUCAUUCCCCUCAACAAGAUUGCCGCGUUCAAAGCCUCAGCAGAGAAAAUUGGCGCAGCAAAGAAACUUGCGCCGGAGAAGGUCCACCUCGCUCUGUCAUUGGUCGGAUAUGAUGAGGAGGUGUCAACGGCAAUGGAGUAUGUCUUCGGAAAUACUUUGAUCUGUGCAGAUGCCGAGACAGCCAAACGUGUUACCUUUGACCCAUCCGUACGAAUGAGGAGUAUUACUGUCCAGGGAGAUUCGUACGACCCAUCCGGAACACUAUCCGGAGGAAGUGCCCCGAACUCCAGUGGCGUUCUUCUGACCCUGCAGAGGCUCAAUGAGUUGACCAGGGAUUUGAAGAUGGCAGAGCAAAGGCUUGCAGAGCUCCAGUCCAUCAUGGCACGUGAGCAGAAGAAGCUCGACCAGGCGAAGAAGAUUAGACAAGAGCUGGAUUUGAAGAGCCACGAAAUUAAGCUCACCGAGGAACAAAUUGGCGGCAAUUCUUCGUCCUCCAUCAUCCAAGAGGUACAGAACAUGAAGGAAAAUAUUGUUCAACUCAAAUCCGACUUGUCAGAAGCAAAGGCACGUCAAGAAGCGGCUACGAAGGACGUCAAACGCAUUGAAAAGGAUAUGAAGGAUUUUGACAACAAUAAAGACGGGAAGCUUGUGGAACUUCAGAAGAGCCUCGAUACGUUAAGGAAAGCAUUGACUAAAGAUUCGGCAGCAGUCAAGGUUUUGCAAAAAGAACUCCAGGGGUGGAGAUUAGACUCCGAACAGAUCGGUGGAGAACUCUCAGCCGCACAGGAGCAACUUCAAGAAUCCGAGCUGGCGUUGAAGACCCAAGACGAGGAAAUUAACGCACUUAUGAAGGAGGGCCGCCAAGCACAACGCGAUCACGACGCUGCGGAGGCUCAGCUUAAUGACGAACGAGCGAAAUUGUCUGGCUUCGAUGAUGAGCUGCGCUCUCUCGAAGACGCGUCUCGGUCUAAGGCGUGCCGGAUUACUGAAGAGGGUCUCGAGAUGCAGAAACUCGGCCACCAGAUUGAGAAAUUCAACAAAGAGCAGCAAGCAGCGGUCCAAAUUAUUUCAAACAUGGAAAAAGAGUAUGACUGGAUCUCAGAUGAAAAGGUGAACUUUGGACGCAGCGGCACGCCAUACGAUUUCCAAGGACAGAAUAUUGCGGAAUGCAAGGCCAGUCUGCGGAACCUGACCGAGCGCUUCCAAGGAAUGAAGAAGAAGAUCAACCCCAAGGUUAUGAAUAUGAUUGAUUCUGUGGAGAAGAAAGAAGUGGCCCUCAAGAACAUGAUGAAGACUGUCAUCCGGGACAAGAAGAAGAUUGAGGAGACUAUCAUCAGCCUCGAUGAGUACAAGAAGAAGGCUCUGCAGGAAACUUGGGAGAAGGUUAAUGGAGACUUUGGUGCGAUUUUUGCAGAAUUAUUACCUGGUAGUUUUGCGAAACUGGACCCACCCGAGGGGAAGACUAUUAACGAGGGGCUAGAGGUGAAGGUCUCCCUCGGGAAAGUAUGGAAGCAGAGCCUAACAGAGUUAUCUGGUGGCCAGCGGUCUCUCAUCGCACUUUCACUCAUUAUGGCUCUACUUCAGUUCAAACCUGCGCCGAUGUACAUUUUGGACGAAGUCGACGCUGCAUUGGAUCUGUCGCACACGCAGAAUAUCGGGCGCUUGAUCAAGACUAGGUUCAAGGGCUCUCAAUUCAUUGUUGUCAGUCUCAAGGACGGCAUGUUCCAAAACGCGAAUCGGAUUUUCAGGACGCGCUUCAGCGAGGGAACGAGUGUGGUGCAGGCAUUGACUGCGGCGGAUUUCAAGUAGAUAAGAGGCUAGAGCCUGGAAAGCCGGCAUGCUCUUGGGCGUUGAACGGAAGGGAAGGUGCAUUCGAAGGCUUGGGAUGGGGUAUAUUAUAACGAGUAAUGAGGGUAUUUGUAUAUCGAUAGCAGGAGUUAUUUUGGGAGAAUACGAGUGAUGCCGCUCGAACUAUACUAUAUGCA